CCCUUUUUAUUUUGAAACAGGUUCUCCUUAAGUUGCUUAGGACCUCCCUAAAUUGCUGAGGCUAGCAUUGAACUUGCCGAUCCUUCUGCCUCAGAUUUGGCAGCCCCUGGGAUUAUGCAUGUGUCUUCACACCCAGGGAGGAGGGAACUUUUAAACUAUGUCAUAAAUGAGCAGGAGACAAGUAGAAACAGCAGGAAGAGCCAGUGAAAGGCAAAUGUGUGGGGGAAUUAGAGAGUUCAUUCAGGAAUUAGAGAGUUCAUUCAGGAAUUAGGAGUUCAUUCAGGAAUUAGAAGUUCAUUCAAUCACUUGGCAAACACUUAUUCAUUACCCAGGUGCAUGCCAGGAGCUGGGGUAGACACUGGAGGGUUGUGACAAGAUGAAUGUCCUCCACUCUCCAACCUGUUGUGAUCUAACUCCUCCUCUAUGGCUUCCAGAAUGUAAUACAUACAGCCAUUCCUAAGUAUCCAUGGGGGAUUGGUGUCAGGAUCUCCAAAAUCUGCAGAUGCUCAAGUCGCAUACAAAAUGACACAGUAUUUGCAUAUGACCUAUGCACACCCUCCCAGACACUUGAAGUCAUUUCUACAUUACUUACGAUACCUAAUACAAAGUAAAGAUCGGGUAAACAGUUGCUCUACUAUAUUGUUUCCGGGACAAUGACAAGACACAAAGUCUGUCCGUGUUCAGCACACAUGUGACUGUUUCUCUCCAAAUAUUUUCUCUCCAAGGUUGGUUACAUCCACAGAUGCAGAACACUUGGAUACAGAGGGCUGUCUGUACAUGAAGGCAGCUGGUGUCAACCCGGCUCAUUAAAUAGGUGUGCUUGACUCCCUGAGAAUCUGGUCUGAGUUAACACAAGUAGACUCACUGCAUAUGCAGAUUUGUUCAAUGAAUAAAUAAAUGAAUAAACAAACGCGACCCACAUUAUGUUCUUUACACACGUUUCCUACUUAGGACAUUUCUGUGAGUAAUAUGUUAUUAUAGAUCUCCGUUUUACAGCUGAGCAAGCAGAAGCUUCAAGAUGGUAAGUGUCCUCACCCUGGUGAGAAGUGAGGUAGAAGAAUCCAGACCCCACGUCCUGGAGACCUAACCUGAGUUGAAGCAGGCAGCCAUGCCACAUCAGGGAGGGUUCCCCAACAGCCCCAUGGAAAGCGGUUGAGAACAGCCAGGGACUUUGCCCUCAUCCUCCAUCCAGCUGGGAUGAGCUCAGAGGUUAUCUCCCAGGUCAGGUGAUGCACUGGUCAGUUUGUCUGGGGCAGGGAAGUGAGAAGGUGCCACUCCCCACUUGGGAAAAGGACACUCACUUGGGCUCUUCCUUGCAGGAAACAGACCCUCAAAUAAUUAGCCUCCUUUAAGAUUGAGAAGGAUGACUGUGAGCCUCUGUCUCCAAGGGCACCAGAGACGUGAGUUCUCCACAGGGCCAGACCCAAGGAAGCUUCAAGAUGGAUGAGCUUUGUCAGACAGUCCAGUUGCUCUUGCUGGUCACAGAGAAAUUCCAGGCCCCCUGCUCGGCUGUGAGCCAAUACACAUCAGAAAUGAGGUCUGUCUGCAGUGACCAGCCCUGGGAAAGGCAAGACUUGAAAGAUCAAAUACUCUUAGAGGAUGAGGAGGUGGCUCAGGUAGAGCACUUGACUAGCAUGUGCAUGGCCCCGGGGUUCCAACCCCAGCGCAGCAAAAAACAGAAACAAAUAAAAGACCCCGUCUUGGUGGAAGGCACCUACUCACCCCUCAUUUAGCUAAUGGGGAAGCAACAGGGGAAGAAACAGGAGCUGGGCAACCUGCAGUCCUGCCCUUCACAUGCUGUUCCCACUCAUAAAUUUGUGUUCUUGAGUAAUUUACCUUGUUCCUUCUGAACUUCCGCUUUCUCAUCUCUGAAGCGAGGACAAGGAUAAAUUCUGUAAUUUUUAACUCAACUAUGGAGCACCAAACUAUGUGCCACCUUGUUCAAGGGACACAAAGGGAUGCAAAAACCUUUAUCCUUAAUUUCAGGAAGCUUCUAUCAGGAUGGAAAGGAGAAGCUUCAUUUCUUUGGUCUCUUCUCCAGUGGACAAGGCUGCCCUGGGUGGAUCUGCCCUGUUUACAGCAGGAUUGCCAGGAUUCCAGGACGGAUGGUGAUCUGGGAGCCCUGGGUUGCGGAACUGACUCUGUCUCCUGUUGGAACCCCUCCUGUGGUGCCAUUUUUGCUGUCCCUGUCUGGGCUAAAGGACCCCACAGGACUAACCACAGCCUGUUUCUGAUUUAUAUGUGCAUAUGCUGAAGGUUUUUUGGAUCCGGAUUUCAUAUAUAUCAGGAGAACGAGAUGAACGGGGCAGUCCCAACUUUGAGCAACCCACAGAUGGUUGGUGUGCAGACUGACCACAGACUACCGUUGGAACCUCAGGCCUCUGAUUCCGGAGCAGGGCCCUGUCCAGCUGGGUGGGUCAGCCCCUCAGGAGAACCCAGCCUUGGAACUCCCGGGUGAACCUGCUGAGCCUCUUCCCAUUUUCUAACCCUUGCUCAGGUCUGAUCCGUUGUUCUUUGUUUUCGGCUGGAGGCAUCCUGUGAAACAGCAGCCGGUAUGUGGACACCUGGUGCUGAGUCUUGCACAAGGUCAGCUUUCAAUGAAAAGGAGGAGCAGGGUGUGGAGCAGCAGAGAGAAAGCCCAGCAGUAGGAGGAAAACAGACCGGCCGGCAGGAAUUUACAUUUCUUUAAAGGUGAUUCCAGUCCUGCCCUUCCUUUGGGAGGGAGCCCAGGCAAGGCUCACUCCCGUGUAGGUGAGGUAAGCAGGGUCCAGGGAGAUGGAAGGGAGGGGGCUUGAGGUCUCCUGUGGCCUUGCCACCACUGGGCAGGGACUACAGGACAUGGUAACACCUUUUUUCCUGAAGUGAUGCCUGUUCAGUAGGGGGGGGAGGAAGGGAAGAGGCUGCUGUUACCCCCAAUCAGCUACACCCCAGGUUCCAGCUUCAGAUAGAAAAGGCUUCAUCCUGGUCCUUCCUGCCCUCCCUUCCCCAGGAGAGCACUUCCGUAUUGGAAGCUGGCAUUUGUCCCCAGGCCCUUCCUCUGGAGCUCACCUCUGUUGCUGUAAGUAUCCAGUACCCAAUCGUUUUCCCGCAGCCUGGCUCCCCAGACAGGCCCUGCCACAGGAAGCCAGGGGAGCUCCCCGAGUUCACGUGCACAGUACCCAGAAGGCCGCACCCAGCUGGGCUGGGUCACAGCAUCCCGGUGUGUGGAGCCACCGCCUGAGCGCUGAGAUCUGCAGGCACUCCACAUUCCCUACCUGCUCAGGAGAGGACGGGGCAGGGAGCCCAGGUGAGGCGGAGGAAGAGAGCCUCAAUUCUGAACUGGGGGCCUGCUGUCUCAGCCACAGGGACUCUUACUGAGAAGCAGGGUGCCCGGGCGCCCAGACCUGGUGUUAGGAUCUAAGGCCUCCACGGCUUUUGCAGGCCGCCGUCCCAGGUUCAGAUCUCUCCAGCCCCCAGUCGAGGUCCCUCCUCCACCCUCCCCCUCCAGGGGGGUUAUAGGUUCUUAAAGCUUCCCUGGUGGGAGGAAUGGCGGGGGCGGGGCGGCUGUGCAGGCCCAGGAUAUAAGGGGCGGAGGCGCUGCUUCCAGGUCCAGCCAGCCCAUCAUGUACGCCCACCGCCUCCAAUUCUUCCUCCUGCACGCCUGGUGGGUGCUGCUCCAGGCAGGCGCCGCCACGGUGGCCCAGGUACCCCUGCGGACACUGGGGCAACCCUCGUCGCCGUCCCCUCUCGCUUACAUGCUGAGCCUCUACCGCGACCCGCUGCCCCGGGCGGACAUCAUCCGCAGUCUGCAGGCACAAGAUGUGGAGGUGGAUGGGCAGAACUGGACCUUUGCUUUUGAUUUUUCCUUCCUGAGCCAAGAAGAAGAGCUGGCGUGGGCUGAGCUCCGGCUGCAGCUGCCCAGCCCCGUGGACCUCCCUGCCGAGGGCCAGCUCACCAUUGAGAUCUUCCACCAGCCAAAACUGGACACAGAGAAGGACCCGGGCAACUGCCUGAGGCGUCUUCGGAUGGAACUGUUCACCAUCACUUUGUCCCAGGUCACUUUUUCUUCAGGCAGCAUGGUCCUGGAGGUGACCAAGCCCCUCUCCAAAUGGCUGAAGGACCCCAGGGCGCUGGAGGAGCAGAUGUCCAGUCUGUCCAGAGAGUGCUGGCAGCCCUCCCCCAUGCCCCCUGUCACUGGCACCAGCGUGCUCCUCAUGCUGUACUCCAACCUGCCCCGGGAGCAGAGGCGGCUGGGUGGCGCCACCUUGCUGUGGGAAGCUGAGAGCUCCUGGCGGGCCCAGGAGGGACAGCUGUCCCGGGAGAGGGUCCUGAGACACCGGCGGCAUCACUUGCCAGACAGAAGCCAGCUGUGUCGGAAGGUCAAGUUCCAGGUGGACUUCAACCUGAUCGGGUGGGGCUCCUGGAUCAUCUACCCCAAGCAGUACAACGCCUACCGCUGCGAGGGCCAGUGCCCUAACCCCGUGGGGGAGGAGUUCCACCCCACCAACCACGCAUACAUCCAGAGUCUGCUGAAACGCUACCAGCCCCAUCGGGUCCCUUCCACCUGCUGUGCCCCAGUGAAGACCAAGCCGCUGAGCAUGCUGUAUGUGGAUAAUGGCAGAGUGCUCCUAGAGCACCAUAAAGACAUGAUCGUGGAAGAGUGUGGGUGCCUCUGACCACAUCCUGGAGGGAUGUCAGAUUUGCCUACACUCCAGAAGGUUGGGAAGCUCCUGGAAGACAUUACACUUAUCCAGGGAGAAGAAACAGAGGGAAGAAGCAGCUCUGCCCAGCAGAAUCAAAGAGGAAGGGCUGCCCGCUCUGUAAAUGAAGGGCCCUGUGAGGUUGGCCAAGCCCAGAGGCCCUGGUCAGGAGGAGGGAAGAGAAAGCCUUGCAGAGGGCAGAGUGCUUGCUGGAUUUUCUUUUUAUCAAAAAGACAGUAGCAAGUAAAAGUGCAAGCGCAAGAA